UAGGUUCUUGUCACUUUAUUCUCAUGUCGUCAUUUCUAACCUACAAAACUAGAGCAUGAGGGUCCAUCUUUUUUCCAUGCAACAAAAACGUUGUCAUUUGCCAAGGUAUUUGAUUCGAACUCCUCAUCCUCUUCUUUUUAUUCUUUGUCUCAACUACAGUAAUGGCAGGAAACGGCAUAAAAAAACUUCGUAAACUGCCUCACGUGUUUGGCAAGGUUCUUGAAUUGCCGUUUCGGUACGAUGCGGAUGUGGAGGUGGAAGAAAACCCGGAAUUCUUCCGUUUCGUGACCGAAAUCGGCGUGCACGGUGAUGUCAACAGCGCUAUUGGCUUUAGUAACGUGAGAGCUGAGGCAGUGGAGAUACAUCCAGGGGUGACGAAGAUUGUGGUGAGAAAUGGAGCCAAAGGUGGCAAAGUGGAGUUGUUGUUGGAACAACUGAAGGUGGACACGUGGAGGUAUAGGUUGCCUGUGUCGGCAAAGCCGGAGCUGGCUACGGCGGUGUUUGUGGACGGAGAGUUAGUCGUGACGGUACCAAAGGGUGGUAAUGGCCGUGGAGGAUUCGGCGGAAGGGACAACGUUUUGGUACGCAGGCUUGUUGUUGUGUAGUAGUGAGCAAAGUUCUGAUCCGUUCGUUCCACUUUUGUACUAUGACAUAAAUUCAAUAUGUCUGUGGAAUCAGACAUAUUGUUCUGAUCCGUCGUCAGGGUACAUUGUCUAAAUCACACAGUUAAAAUUUAUGAAUUUGCAUAUAUAUUAUAUUAAGAAUAAUUAUGUGUUGGUUACUAUCACUA